AUGCGCUUCUUCGCUGCUGCCGUGUUCCUCCUCCCCGGAGUCUCUCUCGGAGAAGGCACAGUGCCGCACUGUAAAUCCGUCACGUCCACGGCCACGGUUUGCAGCACCUGUCUUCAGCCGGCAUGCCUUGCCAUCGAGACAAUCACCCUCUUCGCCGACUGCCCGUCUCCUGUGCCGACUACCACCACCGCUUACCCUUGCUCCGGCACCAAGUGUCCAGGCGGGUGCAAGUCCACGUCUUACAAGUUUGUGGCUCCUCCUGCUCGAGUCACCGAGGCGCCGAGAGCGAUGAUGACGCCCAACCUAUCUUGCGGGACCGUCACGUCCACUGGCACGGUCUGUUCUACUUGUCGUAACCUGGCCUGCGUGUCAACCGAGUAUGUUACCGUCGGGCAUGGGUGUCCUAACCCGCCCGCGACGAGUCGGACGGCGUAUGAGUGCGGAGGAGGUUGUCCUACAGGUUGUGGGGAGACGUCGUACAUUACGGUUGCCACUCCUUUGGCCUAG